CAGGACUAAUUGAAAAACCGAAACUUCAAUUUCUAAUUCAUUUCCUACAAGAGCUGAACACUUAAAGCACUGAAUUCAGCAAGCCCUAUCAGAAUCACUGACUCACUCUACCAACAGAGACCGAGGAUGUUUGUGCUAGCUAUCUUCGCCCUGACCUUGACAUUGGCAUCUGCCACACUGGAGGCCAACUGGCUCAUCUUCAAGGCCAAGCACAACAAGACGUACUCAUCUUUCGAAGACGGGUACCGUCGUUACAUCUGGCAGACGAACCUGAAGAAGAUCGAGGAACACAACGAGCUGUAUAGGCUGGGGAUCAAAAGCUUUUAUCUGCAGGAGAAUAAAUAUGCUGAUAUGACCAACGAAGAGUUCACCAAAACUAUGAACCGUCACAGGAUCACAGUGAAACUCGGUAACGUCACCACAGGUUCAUUCAAGCGCGAUCUGGCCUCGUCGGUCGACUGGCGACAGAAGGGCGUGGUCACCAAUGUCAAAGAUCAAGGUGAUUGCGGGUCAUGCUGGGCUUUCUCCACGACCGGGUCAAUUGAAGGUCAACAUGCCCUGGCCACUGGCGUACUCGUUAGCCUGUCCGAAUCUAAUUUAGUUGAUUGCUCGACAGAAAACUAUGGAUGCGUAGGUGGCUACGUGUCGAAAGCUUUUGCUUACGUCAUCCAAAAUAACGGUAUUGAUAGAGAGGCCAGUUAUCCUUAUACGCCUACGCAAGGUAUCUGUGCUUAUUCAAGCGCGGCAGUGGGGGCAAAAAUCAGCUCCUUCAACACUACAGAAAAGGGCAGCGAGAUCGCUUUACAACAGGCUGUGGCUGGGGUUGGGCCCAUCAGCGUUACUAUAGACGCCAGUCAUCAGUCCUUCCAGCUGUAUGGUGGAGGUGUGUACUAUGAGCCUAUGUGCUCUAGAGAAAUGCUCGAUCAUGCGGUGCUGGUAGUGGGUUAUGACACAGACGGCGCUCAGGACUAUUGGAUUGUCAAAAACAGCUGGGGUGUAUCUUGGGGACUGAGCGGCUACAUCAAGAUGAUCAGAAACCAGAACAACAAUUGUGGGAUAGCCUCAAACGCUCUGUACCCCAUCAUUUAAAAUUCAAGAGAAUCCCUCUCGUUAAAACAGUUUUUUCACUGUUUCUAAAUCCUCACUUCCUAUUAUUUAUCUUGCAGACAACCACAAAUCCAUAUUAAAUCCUCACUUCCUAGACUUUAUCUUGCUGAUAACAACAAUAGAUAUGUAUUCCCAAUGGCUUGCCUUAAUUUCACACACACAAACCUAUUCUUUACUGCAAAUCAGAAAUCCAUUUUGGUUUAUUUAAAGCUUUCCUUGACAUAGCUUAUAAUUAUUUACAUGAUACUAUCACUAUGGUACAGUUAAGCCAAAUGCACCUAGCUGUAAAUUAUAUAUUUAUUUAAUUAAAAAGGACAUG